ACUUUCUCUAUGGACAUCAUUUACAGCAAGUACUAUGCAAGGUCAUAUGAAGGUCGAACUGAAAUUACGCAGAGGUGACCUCUAGAAGCUGACAUUUAUCGUCUGCUAUAGGUUCGCGGAGGGUUCAUUUUGAAAGAAAGGGCAGUAGCCUGAAAGUAGUGGUGUUAACAGUGAAUUUUACUUCUUAGGAACCAACCAACAAAAAUGACUACUUAUUUUAAUUAUCCGCCACCCGCCCUUCAAGAGGAAUUGCGUAAAAUUGCAGAAGCAAUAGUCGCCCCAGGAAAAGGGAUUCUAGCAGCUGACGAAUCUACUGCUACCAUAGGUAAGCGAUUUACCGACAUUGCAGUAGAGAACACAGAAGAUAAUAGGAGGCAGUACAGGCAAUUGCUGUUUUCGACCGAGAAGGUCAUCGGGAACAAUAUAUCUGGCGUGAUUUUGUUCCACGAGACGCUGUACCAGAAAUCAGACGACGGAACUCCAUUCGUGGAGUUGCUGAAUAGCAGGGGCAUAAUCCCCGGAAUCAAGGUAGACAAGGGUGUAGUGGACCUGUUCGGCUCGGAAGAGGAAGUGACCACCCAGGGUCUGGAUGACUUGGACAAGCGCUGUGCCCAGUACAAGAAGGACGGCUGCCACUUCGCCAAGUGGCGCUGCGUGCUGAAGAUCAAGAAGAACACUCCGUCCUACCAGGCCAUCUUGGAGAACGCCAAUGUUCUGGCCCGUUAUGCUUCAAUCUGCCAGGCCAACCGCAUCGUGCCCAUCGUGGAGCCAGAGAUUCUGCCGGAUGGAGACCACGACCUUGACCGCGCCCAGAAGGUGACCGAGACCGUCUUGGCUGCAGUGUACAAAGCGCUCAGCGACCACCAUGUAUACUUGGAGGGAACUCUCCUGAAGCCCAACAUGGUGACUGCAGGCCAGUCGUGCCCUACCAAGUACACCCCGGAGCAGAUUGCGGCAGCCACGGUGACCGCCCUCAACAGGACGGUGCCUGCAGCAGUGAGUGGCAUCACCUUCUUGUCGGGUGGCCAGUCUGAGGAGGAGGCUACGGUCAACUUGAAUGCCAUCAACCAGUUUAAAGGCAAAAAGCCAUGGCCACUGACCUUCAGCUACGGCCGGGCUUUGCAGGCGUCUGUACUGAAGGCGUGGGGUGGCAAGAAGGAGAAUGUCGGGGCGGCGCAGGAGGAGCUGCUGAAGAGAGCCAAGGCCAACGGGGAAGCGUCACUGGGGAAGUACUUGGUCGGCAGCGUCUCUGGCAAGGCAGCCGAUCAAGGCUUGUUCAUAAAGGAUCAUGCUUACUGAGUGUUGCAUUACAGCCCUGUUGUAGUUCUGUUGUUCAAUUAAGAGAUCACAAUUCUGUGUGUCAUUUUUAACUGGGAAUAUAAUGGCUUCAGAGUAUAUUAGUUAUAAUAUGGAUUGCCAUAUUACACCUUUGUUGAAUAGAGGAAAAAAAAAAAUUAUUUCAUGAGCAUAAAGUGCAUAAUUGAUGACUUGUAGCAUAAUCCCACCAAGACAAUUGUUUGAAUGAUUUAGCAGUGAUUUGAUGUUUCUUUUAAUUGGCAAAUUUAGAAAUCUUCAGUAUUGUGCAAAAUAUUCUAGUUUAAUUUAGAUAUUGUAUAAUUUUAAUAUUUUGAUAGCAAGUAAAUAAUUGCUUUGGAUUUUCGUAAUAGUUCCGUUUCACAUAUUCCAAGUUUAUCCCUUGAUCCUGAUGGCAUGGUCCUGUAUUUAUUGAUCCUGUGGCACAUGAUGCUUGCUGUUUUAAUUUAGUAUGUCGAAAGAUCCUGGCCAAACAAAUGCCACAAUACAAACAUAUAUUGUCAGUUUUUGUGGACAUUUUUUCAUUAAUAUUCAACUUACGAUCAUAAUACAUUGGUAUGUCAAAAUUGAUGUCCAUGCUCUUUCGACAUACUAAAUUAAAACCUUAAGCAUCAUGUGCCACAGGAUCAACGCGUACAGAAUCAUGCCAUCAGGAUCAACUUGGAUGUGUGAUAUGGAACUUCUACUCCAUUUAUAACAAUUGUUUAUUUUGAUUUAUCUUAGACUGGGAUAAAUGUUUCUUUAGACCUUCUCACACUAUUUGAUAACUUUUACUCAGUAGCAGUUUGACUCUAAUCAUGUUUUAUUCUAAUGGUUGGUUAAAAGAUAUUUAAAGAAGUGGUCCAUUUUAAGUCAAAGGUAAAUAUGUAUUGUACGGAUUAGCGCCAAAAAAAAUCUUACAAAUAUGAAAUAACUUUCAUUAUAUGCUAUCUUAAGUCCUCUUUUCAGAACCGCCUGCGGAGAUAAAAAAUUCCAAAUACUUUUGGAGAUAUGGCCGUUCUUAUUUUGCUAUACCAGACGUGUGUAUUAAUUUGACCGUCGCCAUUUUAUAUUUUGCCGUGUGCGCGUGAAUGUCUAAAUAACAGAAAUUUUCCAUUAGGUAAGGUUAGUUACAUUAUAAAUACUUCAAAAUAAACCAAAAUUAAAAAUUAUAUCAAUUUAUUUUACAUGUUGUAUAGUUUUAAGUAUUUAUAAUGUAACUGACCUGACCUAACAAAAUGGGACAAAGGUAGAUUAGGUCAGGUCAGCUACAUUAUAAAUACUUUGAAACUGAACAGACAUUAAAAAUAAUAAAAUUAAUUUUAUUGGUUGUUUAGUUUUAAAGUAUUUAUAAUGUAGCUGACCUGACCUAACAAACCGGGAAAAAGGAUGAACAGAAUAAACUCACGUAAGUUUCUUUUUACAUGAUGUAUUCGUUCACGUGAGAGUCCUAAGAUCCACAUAAAGUUCUGCCAUUCCCGAUUACACCCGAAUAUUCACCUUCGGCCAACCUCGGGAUUUAUUUAUUUUUGCGCAGGAAAAAUGAAUUGAAAUAUUAAAAGUGGUCGGAUAGGUUAGCUACAUUAAAACACUUUAAAACCAUUUGGAUGGUUAGUUAGGUUAGUAUAGCUACAUUAAAAUAAACACAGAAAUAUUAAUAAAUAAACCCGAGGUUGGCCGAAGGUGAAUUGUUCGGGUGUAAUCGGGAAUGGCAGAACUUUAUGUGCAUCUUAGGUUUCUCCGUUUGGGAACAUCGCAAAAAAAAAAAAAUGAUACUUGUAAACAAGCAACCGUUAUCGCCGCACGAGUUCACAGGAUGAAAAUUAAAAAAUUCGAUAUCUCCAAAAGUAUUUGGAAUUUCUUAUCUCAGCCGGGUUUAAUGAAAAGAGGAAGUUUAAGAGCACAAUAAAGGUAUUUUCGGAUUUUUAAAUUUUUUUUUAAAAAAAAUCGCCAAAAAAUGAAGAUUAAAAAAUUCGAUAUCUCCUAAAGUAAUUGGAAUUUUUUAUCUCCGCAGGCGGUUCUGAAGAGAGGACGUAAGAUAGCAUAUAAUGAAAGUUAUUUCAUAUUUGUACGAUUUUUUUUGGCGCUAAUCCGUACAAUACAUAUUUACCAAGUCAAAUAAUUAACUUUCCAGUUUAUUUAAAAUAUUUGCUGUGGCAUUAUUCUUAUUUGAAAGUAUUGAUAUUUUAAUGUCCUAAAAAAUUGGUGGUUCUUUGCUAGAAUUACUGUUGAAAAAAUAGUUGUGAGUAGGCAAGCAGUAAACUAUAAGGAUUCUGUGAAAGAAAUGUAACAGAGAUUAACAAAUAAUAAUUGUGAAUAGCUAUUAUAAAGUCCCAGCCCAGUUUCCUAUUGUGUUGUGUUUAUCUGCCAGGCUAUUGGACUGCUCCCCCGGAGUUGUUAAGAUUGCCGUCUCUUGACCGUUGCAUGAUCCUAGACCGCUGUGUGAGCAGCAUCAAGUCUAGCCGCUAAUUAUUACUGUCCAGUGUAUAUUAGGUGUAAUUGGGCGCUCAUUGGAAGUAGUUUAGUCUUGCAGCACCGCUCAUGGAGUAUCCAGUAUAAAUAUUACCCUUGACAGAUGUGCGGAUUUGUGAAUCACCUUACGUACAUCACACUAGAAAUUAAUAUUUAUUUUGUAAGAAUUUUCUUCUGUAUUUGUUAGCAAAACUUCAUCAUUGAUAAUUUUAUGUAAAUAUAUGCUUGUUUAAUUAUUUUGUUGCAGAAAAUCAUGAAUUUGGAAAGUGUUUGCAGAUAAAAUAUUUAAAUUUCUAAGAUAUUUUUAUUUAUUUUUGUGUGCUAUUAUAAUGUCAAUGAAAAAUGAAAAAAAUGUAAUUUUUUUAAUAUCUUUGAUAUCUUAAUUUGUGAAGAUUGUGUGAACUCUCUGUAAUGAUUUGCAGCCUUUAUAAAGUGAAUUGUAAUUCAAGUUAUCUAGAAAUAAACUGCAGGACAAUA